AUGGAGGAUCUUAAGGAAGUUCGUUCUCAUUCCAUCUUUUCCACAACUGCUCCUGACUAUAACAGAAUCCAGUGGCAGAAUGAGAAAUUCAAGCUGGGCCUGGAAUUUCCUAAUCUGCCCUACCUCCUGGAUGGGGCUCACAAGAUCACGCAGAGCAACGCCAUCAUGCGCUACCUUGCUCGCAAGCACAACCUGUGUGGUGAGACUGAAGCAGACAAUAUCUGAGCAGACGUCUUGGGGAACUAAGUUACGGACACUUGAGCUGUACUGGGCAGGAGAUGCUACAAUCCUGACUUUGAAAAGCUGAAGAAGCCGCAGUACUUACAGGAGGUGCCUGGUAAGCUGAGACUGUACUCACAGUUCCUGGGGAAGCGGUUAUGGUUUUCAGGGGACUACAUAAAGAUGAUCUUUGUGGACUUUCUUGUUUAUGACGUCCUUGAUAUGAACCGGAUCUUUGAGCUGAAGUGCCUGGAGGCCUUUCCAAACCUGAAGGACAUCAUGGCCUGCUUUGAGGUGAAGCCCCAGAUCCUGUUUCUUUAA